CCUAAAACAGCAAGCGAAGACGAUGCAACAUAUAAAAGUAUGUACACCACAUUUUUUCAUUUAAACUAUUUGGUAGAAAGUUAAGUUUAUUUCAUUUUAGGGAUGAAGUUGUGUACAAAAGGCAGAGAUAUUGUCCCUAAAAAUAAAUCAAAUAAUUAUGAUCUAAAAUAAAUUAAUACUGAUGUAUUUACAAGUGAUGAUUUACCUUUACAAGGACCUUAUCAAAAUAUUAUAUUAUGCUCUAGUGAAAAUAAAAACAAUAAUGUAAAUCAAGCAUCCAAAGGUAAUCAUUAUAACUUACGUACUAUGUUACCAAAGAAAUCAGUUCCUUUUACAUCUCCUAAUAAUGUAAAUCAUCACCAAGAAGCCAAUUUAAAUAGUAAUUCAUCAUCAUCAUUUGAUUAUGUUGAUUCAGAAGAUAGCUAUAAACCAUUUAAAGAAGACAAUAAUUAUUCUAUUAAAAGUCUUGAGUCACCUAAUGAUUCAAUAAUUGGUACUUUACUUAGAGACAACCACAGUAAUAAUACUAUGAAAAAUGUAUGUGAAAAUAUUAACAAACAAGAUACUGAUUGUCGAAGACGUCUUUUAUACAAUGAUUUGCCAGAUAGCACAUGUAGUACAAGUAAUCAGCCAAUGUCAAAUGAAACUGAAGAAGCAAGCAGUAUUCAGCUUAUUCCUAGCUGUAGUAAUGUAAUAUCACAAGAUAAUGUGCUGCUUCAUGAUAACGAAAAUAUUAUUAUACACUGUAAUACUACUAAUAAAAAUAUUGAAGUUAUUACAAAUAAUAAACAGAGGUACAUAGGAGGUAAACGGAAAUGUAUGAAUAACCUUAAGCAACUUGGAGAAGAGUAUGAAGAUCGAAAGGGUAAAAUUAAAACUAUGAAAGUUUUUAAGCCUUUUACAACAACAUGUUGUAAAAAAAGUUGUUCUACAAUACUUUGUUCUGAAGAAAUACAACAAUUAAUUUUUAAGGAAUUUUACAAAUUAGGUAACUUGUCAGCACAAGACCAAAUUUUAAUGGAAGGUAUUCAAAUUGAAGAUAAAAAAAGAACAACUACUUUUAAUAGAAAAUCACUACCACAAACUACACAUGAUAGACUUAUAACAGUAAAAUAUCAUCUUCAAGUAAAUGGUAAAAUAUUGGUAGUAUGUAAGAAAAUGUUUCAAAAUAUUUAUGGAAUAGAGCGUGGAAAAAUUGAUGUAAUGAUACAAAAAAAAAAAGCUUCAAUCACAGGAAUUUCACCUAAAUCAGGUACAGGUACUCACAAAUCACACAAUUUCCUACAAAAAGAGAAAGCAAACAUUCUUUUACAUAUCAAAAGUUUUCCUGCAUAUGAGAGCCAUUAUUCGAGAAAAACAUUAGCUUAUUAUAUUUGUCGCCUAAUUUAA